AUGUUGGUGUACUCAGCAUGUCAUCGAUCUAUGCUAGCAAGCCCCAAGAUGGUAAAUGCUGCAGGAGGUUUUCGUGAGAAUUUUCUGACGAAAUUAGCCCAACUAAAACAUGCCCGAUGCCUUGCUGUUCCGGGAGCAAAGCAAGUGUACAAGAGGACAAAGCCUCAUCUCAAUGUUGGUACCAUUGGACACGUGGACCACGGCAAAACAACACUCUCUUCGGCUAUUACUAAAGUUCUGGCGACAAAAAAAGGCGCAAAAUAUAGAAAGUACGAUGAAAUCGACAAUGCACCUGAGGAAAAAGCUCGUGGCAUAACUAUUAAUGCAUUCCAUUUGGAAUACGAAACAGAGAAACGGCAUUACGCUCACAUCGAUUGUCCAGGUCAUGCAGAUUAUAUCAAAAAUAUGAUUACGGGAACUGCCCAAAUGGAAGGCGCCAUUUUAGUGGUAGCUGCCACUGAUGGAGCUAUGCCACAGACUCGGGAACAUUUAUUGUUGGCUCGACAAGUUGGUAUUCCUCUGGAAAAUAUUGUUGUAUAUCUGAAUAAAAUAGACGAAGUGCCGGACAAAGAAACACACGAAUUAGUUGAAAUGGAGAUGCGUGAACUUCUUUCGGAACUCAGUUAUCCAUCUGAUUCACCGGUUGUUUUUGGUUCAGCGCUUUGUGCUUUAGAAGGAAAGAAUCCAGAAAUAGGGGAAGAAUCAAUCUGGAAACUUCUAGAUGUUCUUGACAACUCAUUCAUUAUUCCAGAACGCCAUCAGAAUACAGAAGUUAUGUUCCCGGCCGAACAUGUUUAUGCAAUCAAAGGCCGUGGUACUGUUAUAACUGGCAAACUGGAAAGAGGUUCGUUGAAAAGAGGAGACAAAGUGGAAUUAGUUGGUGGAGGAAAAGAACCGGUCAAGUCGGUAGUUUCCAGUCUUGAAACAUUCAAGAAAUCGCUAGACGUGGCGGAACCUGGUGACCAGCUUGGAGUUUUACUGAGAGGUGUGGAAAGUAAAGCGGUACGACGUGGCAGCGUACUUCUACCCCAAGGGCAUAAACAUGUUCCUACUGAUAAAGUAGAAGCUCAGUUGUACAUACUGAAACCAGAAGAAGGAGGUGCGAAGACACCAGUUGCAAACUAUUUCACGGAACAUCUAUUUUCGCUAACGUGGGAUUGCGGAGUAAUAAUCAAAAUCAAAGGCAAAGACUUCAUCAUGCCCGGAGAAGUUGGAGAGGUUGAGUUGUAUAUGAAUACAGUUCAGUUUAUCGAACCACAACAAAGGUUUACAAUUCGUAAGGAUCCAGUUACAAUUGGAACUGGCGUUUUUACUAAACUCCAUCCACCACGAACAGAAGCUGAAAAAGAUAAGAAGACUAUGAGAAUGGCGAUGAAGGCUGAAAUGGAACGACUUGGCUUCAAUCCAUAUGGUGAGCAAAUGGAGAAAAGGUUGAAACCUGAUUAUUCGAACAGUCCCAAGCAGGAUAUGUCAGUUUCAAAACUUUUUGAAGAAAGUGCACAGAAAUAA